AUGGUUCCUUCUGAAGGACUUUCGGGAGGCGUCUUAGUUAUUUGGAGGAAGGAUUUGGCAUCAUUUUCUAUGUUGGAUGUUUCUUCUCAAGUUAUUACUGGAAAUCUGGAAGUUAUAAAUAGAGGAAGUUCGCUUGUCUCCACGGUUUAUGAGAGCAGAAAUAUGCUGGAUAGGAAGUCUUUAUGGGAGAAUUUGGAGAAGUUGGAUGCUGGUUUUAAACUGACUGUCAUAGGGGAAGACUUCAACUAUAUAUUGUCUCAGGAGGAGAAGAGAGGAGGUAAGAAAUUUGUAUUUUCUCAAGGAGCAAAAGAUAUGAAGAUGUUUAUGAGCAAUAAUGACUUUCAUGAAGUUGGGUUUAUAGGACCCAAAUUUACUUGGUGCAACAACAAAUCUGGAGGAGGCCACAUCUUAGAAAGACUUGAUAUAUGUCUUAUAAACUCUAAUGCAAUGAAUGCUAUUCAGUUAGCCUUGGUGAAGCAUUUGUCACGCAUUGCGUCAGAUCAUUGCCCAAUCAUUUUGGAGGUGUUCAAACCAGUGAAGUCACAUUACAAAGAUAUAUGUUUUGAAGAUGUAUGGGUACCUUUCCAUAGAGCUGAUGCAAUUGUAGAGAAAUAUUAG